GAAAAAACUUAUUCUUGGGGCCCUAUUCGCAGUCUUCGCCUGCUGUUUAUUUUUGCCGCUGUUCUCCUCCUCCUCCUUAGCCUGAUUUCUUAUCUUUAUCUCAGUCGGAGCGUCAUCUUCGUUAUAGAUCACAACGAGGCUGAUUUAUGUCCUGCAUGUUUCGGCCAGUCUGCUUGCCCUGCAUUUUUCAGAGGCGAUGUCACUUUCGACAGCCUGCUUUUACGCCUAGGUACUUUUGGGCACCACCUCCAUGAUCAUCUGACAGAGAGAAGGCCCGGAAGCGAAGUCUACCAAGCCUGGCUGGGUUAG